AUGCGCUAUGAACUGAGAGGAAGGAUGGCGAUGACCCUGACAAAGACAGUUAACCUCAUCACAGGGCUGGUCAUUGUUUUCCAGUUUCAACUAAGCUUCAUGAAGCUGAAAUCAGUGUAUGGAGUGUACCGGACUGACCCCCGGGAGCUGUCUCAUCCAGAGGGAAGGACGUAUGUAGUCACAGGGGACAACAAACCCAGCGACAGGAGGUGGGCGUCCAGGUCUAGGGCUCCAGGUUGGGCUGCAGAUAAGAGGGGCCACUACAGAGACCAGCACCAACCAGAAGAGUCAGAAGUAGACCUGCUGAUGGAGGAGGGACACAACAAUUCUACACAGAUUGUGGACAUUGAUCACGCCUACUAUACAUCUAAAAUCUACAGCCCUGGAGACGCAGCCGGUAAAGAGCUGUGGGUGGACAUUGAUGGGAUGGAAGAGGAUGAAUGGAAGGUCUGUGGCUUCCUGUCCAGCACCCACAGACAAGCUGAGAGAGUGAAUCUGUCCUUCGACUUCCCCUUCUACGGUCAUAUACUAAAAGAGAUCACAGUGGCAACUGGAGGUUUCAUUUACACUGGAGACAUAAUCCACCGAAUGCUCACAGCCACUCAGUACAUCGCCCCCCUGAUGGCAAAUUUUGACCCAAGUCUGUCCAAAAACUCCACUGUGUUUUACUUUGAUAAUGGCACUGCACUGGUGGUUCAGUGGAACCACAUUCACCUACAGGACGACAUCAGUCUUGGAACUUUCACCUUUCAGGCGGUUCUUCACAGCGAUGGACGCAUCGUCUUUUCAUACCAAGAGAUUCCUGUAGACAUCAGUGACAUCAGCACUGAGAAUCAUCCUGUCAAAGUGGGCUUGUCGGAUGCUUUUGUGGUGCUUCACAAAAUAGAGCAGAUCCCCAAUGUUCGUCGGAGAACCAUUUAUGAAUAUCACAAAGUCGACAUCCUCAAGUCCAAAAUCUCCAAUUCUACAGCUGUGGAGAUGCUACCACUCCCUACGUGUCUCCAGUUCUCCAGCUGUGGUCCAUGUGUCACUUCUCAGAUUGGCUUUAACUGCAGCUGGUGCAGUCGGAUACAAAGAUGCUCCAGUGGCUUUGAUCGUAACCGGCAGGACUGGGUUGACCUCGGCUGCCAGGAGGAGAGGAGAGAUCCCUCGUGUCUCCGAAUGACAGACGUCACAAACACCACAGCUCACCACCUCACACGUACGACCACUCCCGUUACAACCGCAACGCAACACAGGGCCUCCAGCCUGACCUCCAACCCCCUCAGCAAGACGUCCACUGUCACCAACCCCUCAACACACAGCAGCACAAGCAUCAUGUCCUCUCGACAGACUCCUACAAGCAAACCUGCAGAAGAUGACACAAAGAUGUCUUUUUGCAUCAAUGAAGCACCAGGAGACGAGGAGACCACAGGAAAGAGUGAUGAGCAGCUGCAGAUUGGUUUACUGACAGGCAUCGUCAUGGUGAUGAUCAUUAUGGCAGCAGCCAUCCUUAUGUCUGUUUACAUGUACAACAACCCGACCUCCAGCGCCAGCCUCUUCUUCAUGGAGCGGCGGCCGACCCGCUGGCCAAUCAUGAAGUUCAGGCGGGGCUCCAGUUGCCCCUCUUAUGCUGAGGUGGAGGCUCCUGGUCAAGACAAAGACAGCAUGGUGGUCAUUGACCCCAAGCAGUCUUUCGUCAUGCCAGACAGAAGAGAGAGUGAACAGAAAGAAGGAUUCAUAGUUCCUGAUCAGAGAGAGCGCUUCCUAGUCUCAGAGAGCUCCUGA